UUUUAAAUUAGCAAAGACUUCUUGGGCUAUUACUUUUGACCUAAAAGGUCAUUCAUGUAGAAUGUUAGAAUGUAAAACACUGUUAAAACGACAUACCACCAGUAGGUGGAACCACUCAACGGCGUCCUCUUCAUUUCUACGACAAAAAUCACGAAGAAGGAUGACGGGUUCAAAGGCGCCAUUGUAUGUUUUCAACUAACGAUAACAACAAGAAGCAACUGAAUCAGUACUUGUACGAGAUUGAGAGCAGAAACUAAAUGAAUGAAAAGUUGUUAUCUUUUGCAAACCUGUUUUCAUGUUGAGAAUAGGCUAGUUAACGAAUUGUCACUACUAGUAUUUUGAAAGCUGUACAUAGGGAACGAAUUGGCUAGAGAUAGCUAGUUUGCUCGCUGAUGUCAUGAACAAUAUUUUGCCAGCUGUAACGUUACACAGGAAGAGAUAGCUAACUUGCCCUGCUCGCUAAUGUUGUAUUAACAUUACGCCCCAUGGAGUUGACAGAUCAAACUCCGUUGAGUAAGUCUAACGUUACAACGCAAAACUCUGCUCUGCUGUCAGCAUUGGAGCAGUUAAAAUCAUCAAGGACCACUCGACAGAAAAUUAACAACCCUCUUAAUGUGGCGGUCAUUUCUAUCCAGAGGUAUCUAGAUCAAAGUAACGUUGGCGCUAAAACCGAUAGUUGUACCGAUGUUUACACGUACGAUCUGACUGUGACAGAUGGGGCAUGGAAAGUAAAAUGUAAACUUUCCACAACUCUACAUUCUUUGCUGCACAGAAAUAUUCUUCGUAGCGGCAUUGAUGUUCGUAUUGUGGAGUUUGCGAUCAUUUAUGACGAGAGGAGGUUAGGUCAGAGUUUUGUGCGCAUAGAUAACCUCGAAUGCACCUCAGAAGUGUCGGAGGUUUUUCGGUCUGCCAAAGACCUAGAUGCUCUGUCAGUUUGGACAAACAACGAUGCUCGAAUGCUCUCCUUCAUCCAAAUGGACCUUCCCCUCGAUGCGGGUCGGAAACAUUAUCUUUCGCUCUGGAAUAACGAAGAUCCGCAUGGCACAGUCUGGACUCCAAACGAUUCGCCAGUUGACGUACUCUUUGACGUGUCAAAAAUCUGCCUGGUGGCAGAUCUGGAGUCUUUCUAUGUCAGAGGGAAACCCCCCCGUCCACUACUUGUAAGAGUAAUGCACAAAUCCCGCUUGAGAUACUAUGGAAAACCAACCAAAAAUACCGACUUUCCAUUUCAGGCCUACUUCGAAGUGGCUGACCAGAGUGGCACCAUAUCCAUGGUUCUCUGGAAUGAGCUGUGUGUGGAGUGGUACCACAGGCUCAAUGUUGGAACGGAGCUCUACCUCAACCGCUACUCUCUGAAGAAAGCCUACCAACAGCGCACCCGGCCUCAAAUGAACAACAGUCACAUGGUCUUCCACUCCACCGAGGUCAGCCUGAACCCAGAAACUGCGGUGAUUUCUGUGAUCCCUCCACGGAAGGUGCAGCCACAGUGGUGUCUACCUGAGGUCUCCUACCUCUUUCACACUAGGUCCGAAAUUGAGAACUUGGCUGAUAAGGCUGUUGUUGAUGUCAUCGGCCUGGUCACCUUUGUUGGACGUACAGAGCGAGUUAGGAGCCGCGCAAACACAGUUCCUGAGAGGUUCUGGACGUAUCGGUGGGUCCACGCCGUGGAUGGAACAUCAAACGCUCCCUUUAUCCUUGAGAUCUUCUCCACCUCACAGCCAGAUAUGUUCAACAGUAUCCAUCCAAUGGCUCUCCUAGUGUGCACCCAGAUGAGAGUGUGUUGUGGCCCGGGCUCACAUCGCUACUUAACGUCCAGUGCAGAGACCCAGAUCUUCACCACAGGCUAUCACAAGAACCAGCCCUACCAGUCCCAGCCCAAGGUGAAGGCCUUCAUCCAGUGGGUGAAAACGCAGAGGGAUAGAGACAUGCUCACAAAGUGCACAGUCGGAGGGUACUACUGCUGCCCCAAUCCCCAGCCCACCUUGGCCCUCAACACAGACCAGAGCUCAGUAGAGCCCCAGAUACUUGCUUUGGAAGACCUGAAGGGGGCGGUAGAGAGCCUUCAGUAUCGUGAGCAUAAGAGGGUCAUCAUUCAGGGUCAUAUCGUGGCCGUGAAGUACCAUACCUGGCCAACAGGAACCACAAGGCUUACCCAGAAUGCACCGCAGCAACAGGUUGAAGCAUCAGUGGGUGUGGCUUCCACCAGUUUGGCCCCGGCUGUGGAAUCAGAGGGCCCUCAGACGGGUAGAGACACCCCCGUCUCCUCUGACAGCAGCUCCAGUGCACCCCGCAAACGCAAAACAGCACUGCCCCUCAAAAGGCAGAUGAAACGCCACUACAUGACCAGGGCUCAAGCGUUGUCACGGAGAGAAAGUCCCAUCGAUGAGCCACCAGAAGAUGAAGAGGUAAGUGAGGAGGAGGAGGAGGAGGAAGAGGAAGCGCCUGAACAACACGAGCAGCCGUCAGAGCAAACCAGUCAGCCAGCAGCCACAGGGACCGGUCCCCAGGGUAGCGCAGAGCAGUCUUCUGUCGACUCCCCAGAUGCAUCCUGGGAGAGCAGCCUGUCCCCUCUGUCCACCCUGCGUGUAAGUUUCCACCUGCGUGCCUCUGGAGGUCUGCACCGGGAGAGCGUGGCGGAAGGCUUCUGCUUCGACGACCAGGAGCUGCACCUGCGCCAGAUCAACCUGCACCCGUCCCGCUGGAGCCCCGAGCUCUACCCGCCGCAGCACGCCACCCACCCAGCCGCGGCCUGCGACGGCUACUACACCCUCACCAUACUGGGGCUGAAUCAGCAGGUGGCAGUAGAUGCCCUGUUUAUGCCCGUUUGGUCCUCAAAAGACCCCCGGGCAGCCAGCAUGUCCUGGAGUCUCCAUGACAACAGCCUCCUGUCAUGCCUCAUGUCAGGUCACUUCUGCCCUCCUCCGAACACUUCUGGAUCAACAGACACCCCACGCCCCACCCCAGAGGAGGUGAUGAGCUCGGUGGCUUCGCUUGAACAGGAGCACAUGGUGUGUGUGCUGGACAUCUGUCUCCUAGGAGACGGGAAAGCGGAGGUGAUAUGCUCCAGGGUCUUCAGAACCAGGGACCUCAUCACAUCACAGACCAGCAGUGCCCAGUAGAAUGCACUGACUCAUUUUUAGUGGGUAUAUGAAGACUUGUGAAUUUAAUAAUGUGAAUCACAACCUGAUUAUUUUUAAACGUUAAAUUUAGGAAUGUAUGUAAAUUUAUAUGUGUGUGCCGAUCUGUUGUAUUUUUAUACUUGUACUUAAAUAUACAAAUAAUAUUUUUUUUGUGUGUUCAUUUAUUAGUUAUGCCCUAAUAGGCAAAAAUGAUAUGCUGAUAAAUGAUAACUGCUCAGACACUCUUAACUCUUAAGGCUUUUCAGUACCCUGGGUGCAUAGGAAAGGAACAGUGCUCAAUAAAUCCAUCUUCAGUAGUCCUUAACAGCAGUCCAUGUUCAGGUGGAUACGGUGUGUUGGUAUUAGACCUGAA